GCACAGCCAUCAAGGAUCAGCAAUCACAUCCCGCAUCUGAGGUCUCAAGCAGCAUUCACACACGGCCAAUAUAAAGGACGGAAGCGCAUCAGCAGUCAGCAGAGGCAGAUAGCUCCGAGACGCCGCCGCGGCAAAGAAAGCUUUCAGUACUCCGGGUAAUGCACCAGCACUGCUCUGUAUUUGUGUUUUAGUUUAUUUAGCAGGCACUGAUUACAGAACCUGACGCAUGCAGGUAGACAAACUAAAACUAACAGGUGUAAGAUUGUAGACACGCUGAUGCCAUCAGUAAGUUACCUCAUAAGUAUGUUUACUUGUUUACGGUCAUGGUGUUUUGUUUUGUUUUUUAAAGACAGAAAUACAGUUUUUAUGGUUUCUGUCCUUGUCGGAAAGAGAUGUGUAGGUACAGAGAGUAUUCAAAUGUUUACUUCAAUACCCAAAUCUCAUAUUGCUUUAUAAAUAAUAAAAUACAAACAGGUCGGAUUCCAGGCCUGCAUCUUCAUGGUUUAGAAGUGUAAUAAAGUAAAAGCAUUUGUCUUUGUUUCCUAAUAGUUCUCUUUAUUUUAAUUUUAAAUGUGAAUCAUUAAACAGAGAAGAUAAGACUAAUAAGAAAACACGAGUUUACAUCAUCCAAGAAAGGGGGAAAAUAAGACAUGAGACAAGUAAAGAAAAGAAAAGCUAGAUAAUAAGUUAACACACUACACAUUUGCCUAUUUCCCAUGCAGGACUAUUUGUUUCACUUACAUCUUUUAUUUAGUAAAAUUGAUAAGCGAUGACUAAAUUGCUACUUUCAAGAACAGCAUCCUAAUGUUUUAUCGUAACUGCAGGAUGGCUGUGAAGCUGCUAUGUCUCUGCCUGCUGCUGGCUCUGUCGUGUCCCAGCUGGGCCAAACAACAAACAUGUCUCGCAUCUGCCUCCAACUGUGACGAGUGCAUCCUGUCUGGCUCGGAGUGCGCUUGGUGCACUGCCCCUCGUUCUAACAUUCGCUGUCACAGCCUGGAAGGGCUGCGGAGAGCGGGCUGUCGUGAAAGUUUUAUGUAUAACCCUCAGGGCACAGUGCAGGUUGUCAAAAAUGAGAGCAGCACAGAGCCAGCAGAUGCCAAGGCCCUGUUCCUCCAGCCCCAGGAGUUGUCCCUCCACUUAAGGCCGGGUGUGAGCCGGUCCUUCCCUCUAACUAUCACCAUUCCUACACACCAGCCUGUCUCGGAGCUGACACUGGACAUCAGCAAUGUGCCAGCAGGAGUCAACAUCACAUUCAGCAGUGUCACUAAUGCAAACCCCCUACUCGUACAGGUGAAUGUGGAGGCCGCCCAGUGUCCCAAUGAGAGUGACGUCUCAAACCAGAACAGAACUGGGCCCUGGUCCGUCCACAUCACACCUAGAGGCUUUUCACUGAGUGUGAAGUUAGAAAUAACUCUGGAGUGUCAGUGUGGCUGCACGAGAAACCGUGAGGAAAACAGUCCUGCCUGCAGUGGACAUGGAGCUCUGGUGUGUGGCCGGUGUGAGUGCUACGAGUCUUACACUGGACAACACUGCCAGAGGGACACUGAUUCAUUUUCUUCACCGAAUGAAGAAUUCUGUCGCUCAGGCCCAAAUGCCCCGCUGUGCAGCGGCAGGGGGCAGUGCGUGGAGGGCUUCUGUGAGUGCGAGAAGCGAGUAAACCCCAAAGAAUUUUACAGCGGACGAUUCUGCCAGUGCAGCAACUUUGACUGUUCUUACCACAGUAACAGAAUAUGUGGAGGCCAUGGGAAGUGCGAGUGCGGACGCUGCGUUUGUGAUAAAGACUGGAUCGGUGAAGCCUGCAGCUGCUCCUUGGAAACUGCCUCCUGUAUGGCAACAAACCAGCAGCUGUGUAACGGCAGAGGGACGUGUGAGUGUGGAACAUGUAAAUGUCAGCCACCAUACAAAGGCCCCACCUGUGAGAACUGCCCUGUUUGUUAGAAUGGAUGGGAGAGAAGAAGGACAGGUGAGAACUGGUUGCUUUUAAUACAGGCUGUUACGAUGAGAUGGGGAAUUAGUUUCUUUAGCUAGAGAUUGAUAUUAAGGGCACUUUUUUUUUUAAUUUAAGAAACAUUGACUGAAGCCAUAAACUCAAACUUAAAAGUAUCUCUUGCUGAUUUUAGCAUUACAAUGGCUAGUUUCAUUUUCGGGACAAGUUCAGAUAUUCAUUUACCUCUUGACAUGUAUAUUCUAGUGCUUACUACCAGAAAAUAAAGAUGUAGAAACACAUUACGAUGAUAAAGCAUCAUCAUCAUCAUCAUCAUUAUUUGUCUUAAAGAAAUUCAACCUCUUGACCGUAACGACGCCAUGGCAUUUUGACUUCAAUUCCUGUUACUACUCUACAUCAGACUAACUAUGUUAUUUUAUUUCUGCACUAAGGAUUAAUGUUAAUGAAGAAAUGCCGACAAUCAUUUUAUUUCUUAAUUAGAGUGUAAAAAUCUUUAUCUAUUUUUUCAUAUACAGUUCUUGAAUUGACUGUGUUCUGUCACUCGGCAUCAGGUGUGACCAAAAGUGUGACAAGGGUGGAGACCAGAGAUGACUUGCCUCAACCAGGGGAAACCAUCGCAUUCUGUAAAAUGAUGAGCGCCGAUCGCUCGUGCUUCUUCUACCCAAACUUCUCUCACACGCACUCAGGAGGACAGUAGACUGUGGCGCGAGCUAAAGAAUGUCCCCAUGUACUUUGGAAGUGAUCAGCUCGCAGAGGGAGGGAGUGUGUGGUGAAAGGUGUCCCAAAUGAGUCCAGUUUUUUCUUCCUGUCUUAGGUGUAACUAGUGCGCCAAAUCAGCGCCAUGCAUGAGUUUUAACUCACUACAUAUUUAGUUUUUUCACUGUUUUUUUUUUUUAAAGGAACCUUAAUCAUUUUAAUUAUUGUGAGAAAUAGGCAAAUAAAAUAAUUUAAGACCUUGAAAAGAAUGUAAUGAUACUAUGCCUUCAUAAAACUUUGGGUUUCAAAUAUUUUCCAGUUUUCAUUAUUUUACUGGAUUAGGUGGUUAUGGAAGUGUAAAGAACCGUUUAGCACAUAGGUGGCCAUGAAAGAAAAACUGUUAUUAUUAUCGAUGGUUUGGCUUAGACUUAUGGUCAAAGAAUGUUUCCUAAUCGACAGCCAGAUCAAAUAUGAUGUAGAUUUGGUUGAGAACAGAAAUGUCUCAUGAAUCAAAAAAUGUGCUUAUAAGACAAAAAGAGAACAUACCGCCAUU